CAAAGACGGUGUUCAAGAAAUCAAAUUUAAAUGACUAAUCCUAUGCAAAGUAAUCAGUCGUAGUACAAAAAAUGAUAAUGAAAGAAAAUGUCGAAGAUUUUCCCAUGGGUGAAUUUCCUGUAUCAUCUACAAACCGCGCUCUAUCAUCAUCAUCAUUCCCUGAUUUAGUCAGUUCAGAAUUGUAUAUCCCACAUCCUACGUACAUUCUUCCUACAUGCUCUUCAGAUGAAUCAAAUGAUAAUUUAAUUUGCAUGAAUUUUGAAUUGAAUCAUUAUUUAAAAGAGGCUAUGAAUACUAUGUAUGAAUUAUUUCAAUGUCAAAAAUUAACUGAUGUCACAUUAUGUGUUAAUUCAGAAUCCAUUCAAUGUCAUCGAAUAGUUUUAGCUGGUGCUUCACCAUAUUUUCAAGCUAUGUUCACUGGUGAAAUGCGUGAAGCACUUUUACCUGAAAUUAAAUUACAUUACAUAUCGUCAACUGCCUUAAAAAAGUUGAUCGAUUUCGCGUACACGGGUAGAAUACAAAUAAGUGAAAGAAAUGUAUGUGAAUUACUCAUAGCUGCAUCUAUGAUUCAGAUGUCUCAUGUUGUUCAAGCCUGUUGUAGUUUUUUAAAGCAUCAGUUACAUCCUUCAAAUGCUAUUGGAAUUCAAGAGUUCGCACAGUCGAAUAAUUGUUCUGAAUUAUCGUUUGCUGCUCAGAAGUUUAUUGAUCAAAAUUUUAGUGAAAUAGUAAAACAUGACGAGUUUCUAGGACUUCAUCCUAACCAACUUUUAUCCUUGAUCAAACGUGAUGAAUUAAAUGUACGGACUGAAGCGGAAGUAUAUAAUGCUGUUAUCAGAUGGGUAAAUCAUAAUAGAAAUUCGAGAUUAUCUACACUGCUUGAGGCUUUAUCUGCUGUUAGAUGCUAUACACUUCCUCCUACAUUUAUACAAGGGCAAAUAAAAAAUUGUAAUCUGCUUGCUGGUUUCACUCCUGCAAAAUCUCAUUUACAAAAUAUUCUCGAUGAUCUUAUUAAACAUCGUCAUAUCUCUGUAAAUAAACGGACAGCUGGUUCAAUAGAGAUUCUUUACUCAGCUGGUGGUUAUCUGCGUUAUUCCCUAAGUGCAUUCGAAUGUUACAAUCCAGUGACAGCUAAGUGGAAACGUCUCCCAGAUAUACCUAGUCCACGUAGUGGUCUGUCUGCUUGUUCUGUACGUGGUUGUGUUUAUCUUGUAGGAGGCAGGAAUAAUAAUGAACAAGGAAAUAUAGAUGCACCUCAUAUGGAUUGUUAUGAUCCAAGAAAAAACUGUUGGACUACCUGUGCUCCCAUGUCAGUGCCUCGUAAUAGAGUUGCUGUCGGUGUAGUCGAUGAUAUGAUUUAUGCCGUUGGUGGUUCAACUAAUACAAUGCAUCACAAAAGCUCUGAAAAAUAUGAUCCCGACAUGGAUCAAUGGACACCAAUAGCUUCUAUGCAUAGUCGACGCAUUGGAUUAGGUGUUGCUGUACUCAAUCGUUUAUUAUACGCUGUCGGUGGUUUUGAUGGUGAGAAACGUUUGAAUACAGUAGAACGUUAUAAUCCAGAAACUGAUAAUUGGGAAGAAUUAGCUUGUUUAAAUCGGGCUAGAUCUGGUGCAGGUGUUGUUGCACUUGGUGAAUACAUUUAUGCAAUUGGUGGGUAUGAUUCUUGUAGUCAAUUAAAUACUAUGGAACGUUAUGAUCCUAAACGAAAUUGUUGGGAAUAUUGUGCAUCUAUGUUACAUCCACGAUCAGCGUUAAGUGCUUCUGUAUGGGGCUCUGAAAUAUGGGUUUUCGGUGGUUAUGAUGGAAGUGAAUUUUUAGCUAGUGUUGAAGUCUACAAUCCAAUUAAAGAUCAAUGGACCGAACGAACUUUUAUGGAUUGUGGUAAAUCGGGGCAUGCAGUUGUAGUUAGUCGAGGACCAUCAUUUUAAUCGGAUAUAUAUUUAAUUUGAUUGAUAAUAUAUAUAUAUAUAUAUAUAUAUAUAUAUAUAUAUAUAUAUAUUUCCUCUUUUAAAUCGAAGUAAUGUACAGCAGCAAUAAACAAAUAGGAUAGAGAAAGGAUCGUUCAAAGAAUGAAUUAUCUUCUGACUAUCUAUGAUUUUCACCCCACUCUUCUGUUUCCAUCCAUCAGCGCCAAGAAAUAACUAUCAACUUUCCAACCCCCUCCUUCAUUUUGCUUCCUAUUUCUAGUCUUGAUUCCAUUUACUAAGUAUUGUAAUGAUAGUAAUAAUAAUAAUAAUAAUAAUAAUAAUAUUAAUAAUUAUGACAACUAUAGUACUAAUUGAAGUCAAUUGAAAAUCUUAAAUAUCAAGCUUAGAAACUUGGUUUCACGCAGAUUUUGUCCUUUUUUUGAACAUUUAAAUUAAUAAUAGUAAUAAUAUUAACUGUAAACGUGACUAGAAAUUCCACUGUUCUCUCUCUCUCUCUCU